AACCAGGUUGUUGGAAUUCGGUCGUUAUCACGUAUAAAAUUGUUGGGUGCGCGAUAUCGUUUUGUGGCACGGACGUGAAAAUAUCACGGAGCAGGCAUCAAACGGUGGUUCAAGGCUGACCUGGUAUAGGUACUUAUUGUAUCAAGUCUCGUUAACGAGAGAUGUUCAUUCACUCGCGCUCACGGAUGACAAGUGCGAUUCGUGGAACACGAGGCGGCCGUAUUGACCCGUGUCACGGUGCGACGAGGUGUCAGUGAGAGAUCGCUGCGUUUCUUUCCACGAGAUCGUAAAAUGUGCAUAAAUCUGUGUAAUUGUCGCGUAAUGAAAACUCGAACUGUCGUGCAUCGACACGUGUGAUAAAUAUGGCAGCGCUCGUUCGUCUUAAACGUGGGAGCGUCCAGUUGAGACAUGCGGCGCUGGAAAUGAAAGGAACCAAAGUCGAGGUCGUUUGCAUUGCACGGAAUAGUAAUGAGAUAAUAGGCAUAGAAUCGUACGAUAAAAGAGGUAUGCACACGUCGAUUUUGUUCCUUUCGACUAUCGUGAGAUGGAAGAGUUUGUUAAAAGAGGUAAAGUGCAGUUGGUGAAACGUAGCAGUGUUCAGAUAAAGCAAGCCGCAUACGAAGUUCGAGCGGCUGUACGAGCGCGACACAUCGUUGCUGCGCUUGUUGCAGUUGGAUUUGCACUUUGUGGCGCGGUGGAGGUGAGUUCCUCGGUUGCGUUACUUGCCAAUCAAAAAGACAAUCAUGCCAUCAUUGACACAUCGUGGCAUUGUGAAAUGCUGGUCAACAUCAGUAGUCGUAAUCGCACCGAAGACUUCGAAGUUAUAUUAAUGGAGUUACCACCCGAAGAACGCGCAGAAUCUAUAAUGAGAGAAGCGUUUUUGUGGGGACAAGUGGCAGGUCCGAUUUUAGGAGGAUGUUUAGUAUGGGGAAGAUCGGGCCCAUCUAUGGUGUUUUCACGUGCGGUUCUUAGCGCUUGCUUGGCAUCUUUAUUGGUACCAGCUGCAUGGAGAGGCCCGUCUCAUGUAGCGCUUCGUCUGUUUCAGGGAUUAUGUACGGGUGCAACUAUGCCUGCUGCUCAUAUGCUCGCUAUGACUUGGUUUAAGAGCACUCAUAGAAGUUGGUACUUCAGUUGUUACGCUGCUGUCAGUGUUGGAUACUGUCUCACAGGAUGGAUAGGAACAGCUGUCGUUCGAAGUUUUGGACGAGACUCGCUUUGUUAUGGUCUCGUUUGCAUUGCACUAUGUUGGUAUUUCUCUUUUGGUCGAUUCGUCAAAGACACACCAAAAUCCUACCAGCACGACACAAAUGCAGCUGUGAUUCCAUGGGGGAAAUUACUGCGAUCCGUUCCUGUUUGGGCAUCCGCAGUGGCAACGAUGGGAAAUCAAUGGGGCGAUGCAACUCUCGCUCUUGGUAUGACGAAAUAUCUGAAGCUCAUUUAUGGAUUCUCAACGGCCAAUGAUUCUGUCUUGACGACGUUACCUCACAUUGGACAUUUCAUGGCUGCUUUAACAUGUGGUCUUCUCGUGGAUCACGUUCGUGAAUCGAAAAUAGUUUCCACGACCACGGCAAGAAAGUUGGUCGUUUAUACCGCUCAUUUUAUACCAGCUGCCCUACUUUUCGUCGCUGGCUACGCUGGCUGCCAGGCAUUAGGGGCAGCCUGGUUAGGCAUAGCCGCCCUCCUCGUAUCUGGCACCGCACCAGCAGGAGCUUUGGCGGCCAUAGCGGACCUGGCUCCUGUAGAAUCUCCAGCCUGUGCAGCGGCCGCGUGCGCAUUGUGCUCGACUUUAGGCGCGGCAGGUCUAUUGGCCGCCAAUUACUUUGUCACUCAAGCUCUUCAUGGCUCUAUAGCCGGCUCGUGGCGAUUGGUGUUCGGUGUCGCUUCCGUCGUUCUGUUAACGACUGCCGCGGUUUUCUUGGCGCUUGGAAAAGGCACGCCGCAACCGUGGAUACCUUCCGUGGCACGGCCACGGAGUCACGAUGCAAUUUACGAGCAAGACGCGUUGGAGCUCGAUUACGAGGACGUGGCCGUGCAAACGGAACCUUUCAAUCCUUAUCCGCUCGAGGAGGACGCCGAAAGCGCGAGAAACGUGCCUCGUUCCGCCUCGGUCCACUCGGAAGUUUCGCAGGCGUCCACUUAGAUUCACGGUCAUUCACGUGAGAAUUUCGAUAUUCAGUUCAGUAUUUUCUUUUUUUUUUUGUAUCUAAGGAUUGUUAACUUCAUGUUUCGUUGAUAUUUGUACAAAAUAUCGGAGGAAUUAUUUUAAAGUUUUGAGCGACUGCGGAUUUGUUAUGCUUAAAUUGUUUAAGUUUAAUUAUAGGUGUACGUUACACAUUCAUAUCUGUUGUCUCACUUUUCGUGGUUGGAGUCAAACGGUUGUGUGACACUAGUCAUA